AUGGCUCGCUGGCCGUUGUGUUACUUUCGGCCGAGCGCGUUCUUCAUGCCCUCCUUUGUAUCUUGCGUGCACGGCCGACCGUCGAUUGCGUCGCUGGUGGGCGAGGUCGGUGAGAUCGAGGUGGAGCCACAUGUGCCGAGGCAAUGGCCCGGGCUCUCACCGGGGCUGACGCUCCCGCCGCUGCCUUCGCCCGCGAUCACGGAGGGCUCGGGUGACGUGCGUGAAGGCUUGUUGGAUCCGAACAUCCGCGGUGGACAUUAUGGGGGUAUGGUCAGCCCAUCGGCGGUGAGCUUGGCGGAUCAUCGGGAUUACACCCGGCCUAUCGGAGCGCUCGUGAACAAUGGUGGCGGCCACGCUGGCUCAUUGCUCGCCGAGCGCAAUCUCCAUGCCCUCCUUUAUACUUCCGUCAGUGUUGGCGACUUUGUCAAAUGUUACCCGCGGCGGCAAUCCAUGAACUCCGAGCGCUCGACGCCAUGA